GAUUUUUUUCAUUCCAAUUGUGUUCAUAUCAUAGCUUUUGAAGGUCGAUAGAGUGUUUGAGAUGAAUCGGGAGCAAGUUGGAUCCGGCUUGGAUCCGGUGGGAGGGAGGUGGAAGCAGAUGGGAAACGAUGAGAAGAAGGCGGUGUUGAAUGAGGAGAUGAAGAAGAUGCAGCGCCUGCCGCCCAACAGCUCUUACGCCUCCCACCGCUUGCGCGUCCUCAACAAAAUUCACCAGCUUCUCUCCCUUCAGAGGACUUCAUCACAGGAUGAGGAGUUGGAAUUGCUUUUCUCUGGCCUUCAUAUAUGAAAAGUUCCAUUGAUCUUCUCAAACUACAGUGUUUCGGCAAGUGGAAGUCGAACUAUGUAGGUUGCUUCGAAGUGGAGAAUUAGCUCUCCUUGAAGUAAAAAGCAAGUGUGUCUUCUUGUUGUAAUCUUCAACCUUUGAUAUUAGAUGUGUUUACAUGUAAAUGUGAAAAGCUCGUUUAUAGCUAUCAGGGAGCAGAUUCUCUACUGUGGAUCAAGGUGUUGUGCACGAAACGACAGUGUUUUUGUAAGAAACACAACGUUCUCAGAGACAUAUUCCUGCAAAGUUCUCACAGUUCUCACAAUAAGCUAUCUGUAAACUUGGCGUUUCAUUUUAAUACAUGUUUGUGUAGAGUUCUUAUA